AUGAGUAAAAAAGAGAAUGUUUGGAAUUAACUAUUAUUUGAGAAAAGUAGAUAAGGAGGUUUCAUAAAUAAGAAUUUAGUAAUAUUAGGCAGAAAAUGUAGUGGGAAAAGAAGUUUAUUAGAUGCUUUAGCUGAAAUUACAAAGACUCAUAAGAGUAAAUUGAUUCAUAGUAAUUUGUAGAUGCAAUUCGACAAAAAGGCAUUACACCUAUAGUGGAUUAUGCCUACUUAAAUUUAAUAGACCUUCGUGACCCUGAUUACAACACGAAUGCUCGUCUGAAUGUGUAUAUUUUAGAAGAAGAGGGGCAGAAGUAUUUGUUACCUCAGAUUUUGAAUCACAAAAAUAUCAAAAAUACAUUUGUAAUAAUAGCUCUGGACAUGUAAGAGCCUUGGACAUUUAUGGAAGACUUAGAUAGAUGGAUUAGUGUAUUGUAGGAUAUGAUGGCUGAUUUACGAUUGAGUCUAAAUGAAUUAGAAGAGAUGAAAUAAAAUGGUAAAAUAAGUUUGAUAUAAUAAAAGUGAUGUAAUAUAUGUCAUAAAUGGAUGGAGGUUAAGUACAUGAAGGUUUAUUGAAGACAAAUUUGGGAAUACCAUUGAUGGUUAUGGUGAAUAAAUCAGACAUUUUAGAAAGAGAUGACAAAGGAAAGGAUUGGGAUUAGAAAGCAGAAAUCAUUUAAUUUUGUUUACGUUAAUUUUGUGUGAAUUGUAAGAGUUUUAACAUACUUAUAAUAAGAUGGUGCAACUUUGCUUUUUACUUCUGUGAAGCAGAAGAUCAACAUUAAGGUAAUGUACGAGUAUGUGUUACAUCGUUUGUAUAAUAUGCCAUUUGAAACAUCAUAACACAAAAAUUUAUCAGAUUUUGAAAGUCUCUUUAUCCCCUUGGGUCAAGAUGACAUUAAUAUAAUAAAGAGUACUUUUACUAAAUUGGCAAAUAGUGUAAUUAAAUAUGAGGAAAGUGUACCAAUAGUAUAAUUGAAAAAAGUAAAGUUACUUAUUAAUAAUAUAAUAAUAGAAUAUAGUUAAAGAGGAAUUGACAGUUGAGGAUGAUCAGGAAUUCUUCACUAAAUUAAAGGAGAAAUCAUCUUAAGCACCUGCAACAAGACCUAUUCUACCUAUUUAGAGAUAGGUUGAAUAACCAACAUAAUAACCAACACCAGUCGAUUAACCAACAUCUGCUCGAGGUUCUCUGUAGAGUAAGGAAUUAAAAGAUUUUUAUGAUAAAAUACUGACUGGAAGAAAUGAUGUAAUUUGCAUUAUAUAUUUAAAUUAGUCACAAGUUGAACAAAUUUAAUAAGCUCAUCAAUAAUUAUAAGAGAAAAUGAAACAACGAACAGUUACAGAAGUUCAACCUACAACAUCAACAGCUAGAUUAGCUCCUUUGUUCAAUUAAUAAGAUUAAUAGAAAUUGUAGAGGAUUUUCCCACCUAAAAAGUGAUUU